AGUAUGGAUCUCUUGAUUUAGGAUGUGGUCAAACCAAAGGUCGGAUAAUACGGAUCCCCUAGUUCAGUUUGAAAGAAGGUUGAAACGUUUGGAUAGAGCUGUUCAUCAUUCACACAGGUCAGAUGUUAAACUCGGUCACGUGACCUGGACGGUUCUGGAGGCGGCUGGCGAAGGACGUGGAAAGGCAACGUGGUGUCCGUGAACGUAGCCCACCUGCUGUGUGUCAGCUGGAUAUCCGGGUCCGUUUCCUGCUCUGCCAGUGUUUAUGUGUUUGUGUGAAACCUUUCUGACGUACGCCAUCCGCAAAAAAACCAGCCAGGACCCGGGACCCGCGUAGGAUGAACGUGACGUCGCUGUUUUCUUUCACCAGCCCGGCGGUGAAGCGCCUCCUGGGCUGGAAGCAGGGAGAUGAAGAGGAGAAGUGGGCCGAGAAGGCCGUGGACGCGCUCGUCAAGAAGCUGAAGAAAAAGAAGGGCGCCAUGGAGGAGCUGGAACGCGCGCUCAGCUGCCCAGGCCAGCCCAGCAGCUGCGUGACCAUCCCGCGCUCGCUGGAUGGACGACUGCAGGUGUCGCAUCGUAAAGGGCUGCCGCAUGUCAUCUACUGCCGUGUGUGGCGCUGGCCUGACCUGCAGUCGCACCACGAGCUCAAAGCGCUCGAGUGCUGCCAGUUUCCUUUUGGAUCCAAGCAGAAGGACGUAUGCAUCAACCCAUACCACUACAAGAGGGUGGACAGUCCAGUUCUGCCACCGGUCCUGGUGCCUCGAAACAGCGAGUUCAAUGCCAAGCUGUCCAUGCUGCCACGUUUCCGCAACCCGCUGCACCAGACGGAGCCGCACAUGCCCCACAACAUUAAAUACCCGGAAUCAUUCACCCAGCAGCCAGCGGGCAACAGCUUACCGUUCGGCCCCAGCUCUCCCUCCAACAGCUACCCUGGCUCGCCCAACAGUGGCACGGCAAGCAGCACCACCACCACCAAUACCAACUUCCCACACUCACCUGGCAGCUCUGAGCCCAGCAGCCCCUUCCAGAUGCCAGAAACUCCACCGCCUGCGUAUAUGCCCCCCGAGGAGCCCAUGACACAGGACUGUCCCCAGCCAAUGGACACCAACCUGCUAGCCCCCAACCUGCCUGCAGAAAUCAACAACAGGACAGAUGUUCAUUCGGUCGCCUAUGCAGAACCCAAGCACUGGUGCUCCAUCGUGUACUAUGAGCUGAAUAACCGGGUCGGAGAGGCCUUCCUGGCGUCCUCGACCAGCGUCCUAGUGGACGGCUUCACCGACCCGUCCAACAACCGCAACCGCUUCUGCCUGGGCCUGCUGUCCAACGUCAACCGCAACUCCACCAUCGAGAACACACGCAGGCACAUUGGCAAAGGGGUGCACUUGUACUACGUAGGAGGCGAGGUGUAUGCCGAGUGCCUGAGCGACAGCAGCAUCUUCGUGCAGAGCCGCAACUGCAACUACCAUCACGGCUUCCACCCCACCACCGUGUGCAAGAUCCCGAGCGGCUGCAGCCUCAAGAUCUUCAACAACCAGGAGUUCGCCGAGCUGCUCGCCCAGUCGGUCAACCACGGUUUCGAGGCCGUGUACGAGCUCACCAAGAUGUGCACUAUUCGCAUGAGCUUCGUCAAGGGCUGGGGAGCUGAAUACCAUCGGCAGGACGUGACCAGCACCCCCUGCUGGAUCGAGAUCCACCUCCACGGACCGCUGCAGUGGCUGGACAAGGUUCUCACACAGAUGGGAUCUCCUCACAACCCCAUCUCCUCCGUGUCCUAAAAACUCCGCCUCCUGGUUUCCGUGGAGACGUGCUGGCGGAGAGGAGAGGGAGUGGGGUUAAUGACGGGGUUAUGGGGCGGGGCGGUUGUAUAUGAUUCGACUGGCAGCGGGCAAAAGUGGCCAGUCAGUCAGUGAACAUCUGGAAGAUACUUGAUAACUCUGUGUGACCAAUCGUAUUCAUUGAUGAGGCCAUCGUACUCGUUGCAAGUAUCCUCCAUCGGUCUUGUGACAGCAGGCGCUUUCCUAUUUCACAUUUUCUCCUUUCUUUUCUUUCUUUUUUUUCCUCGUUCGCAAAAAUACGUCAGUAUUCCAUCGAAGGGGGGGGGGAUUUGUGUAGGUACAGUAGAGGGGUUAUGUGACACGACUGACCUGCUUAGAGAUGAUAAGUCAAUAAUUGUAGACAUGAUGCAUCUGAUGAACUUUCUAGAAAGUGUCUGUGCUGUGUAGAGCAGAAUGUAUUACCAUUUUUAUGCUCUUUUUGUUUUUUUUUUGCAAGAAAAUGUAGCAAAAAUGAGGAAAAAAAAAUCUAGUGGGGGUAAACAAAGAAAAAAUGGAGAGGUCGAGGUGAAUAAUCAAACGUGUUGUACGGGGAAAACAGUAUGCAGAAUAAACGGCAUGAUGUUCGUAGAGUAGGAGCGCGUAGGCAGACUGGAAAAGCGCUCUACUUUUAUUGCAUCCAGCUGAUUUCAGAUGAUUUUUUAAAAAAAAAAUAGUGUAAAAAGUAGAUGUGCUGAUUGUUAGAGAAAAUGCUGUGCAGUCUGUUUUCAUUAUUAUUUUUUAUUUUUUACCCCCAGUAUCAUUUUAACAGAUAAGAGUAAUAAGUAUGGGAGAAGAGGCAAAAGGCAAGCACUGGUCAUCUAAUUCCUAAUGGAAAUGUGUCCCUUUUUAUUUUCUUUACUAAACCUUUAUAAUAAUGAAUGAAAGACACCGAAGUCCGUUCUCAUUAAUGGAAAUGAAAUCACGCUAAACGACACACACAGCUCCAGCAGAUUGCUCUUGAGAAGCAGCUGCUAAAUUCCCUGAGCGUGAAGUGCAGCUUAGAAGGAGGUUCUGUCUUUUACAUUGCAGGUUCAUUAACAAAGGAUAUCGUUAAUUAUGAAACUUAUUAAACAAAUUAAUGAAACAAGGACCGGAAUUAAUCUCAGCAUGGAAUUAGUGAGUAAUGUUUUGAGUAAUAUUCUAAUCACAGCGUGAUACCGUGCAGUUAAAUUGCUAAAUUGAGUCGUACGUUUCAUUAUAAACACGUUAAUGUUAGUGAUAUGGUCAACAAAAAAAGACAGCUUGCUUUUUAAAACCGCAAAAUCCUAACAAUGCGACAACCAUCACGGCCCAGGAGCCAAGAGAGCAAAAUCAGCCACGCCCUCGGGGUGGGAGGGGCAUGUUCUCUGUCACCUGUCAAUCACAGCGAGGGAAGCCAGAGGUGUGAACUCUUGUAUGCGGAAGAGGGCAGAAGAGGAGGGAAAAAUAGGAGGGAAAAUCCCCAAAAAUAAAAAUAUAAUUGUUGUAAAUUUCUCUGAAUAGUUUUUCACCAAGAUCGUAAAAUAAUAUCGCAUAUUAUUAUUAUCAUAAAUAGAAUUGAGAAUGAUGCAUACGAUGGUGAGACGUGUCUUUUGCGUGUUCUUCUGUGCGUUACAAUUUUGCGUGGAAUUUUUUUCCUCGUACAUGGGUUUCAUACAGAACAUGCAAUAUUUUUUCCACAGCCUACUUAAUAUAAAUAUAAAUAAAUAAAUAAAUAUGCAUUAGCAAGCAGACAGUGUAAUAUAUCAGACCUGCAGUAAUAUGAGGGUCUCCUUCAUGGGGUAAAUCGUGUUUGUCUAAAUUUAACAAUCAGUUUUUCGGGACGUUUGUAAACUUUAAGUCUCAGAUCAGUGAUAAACGACUAGAAGACUUUCAUCAGCAGCUCCGUUUUCUUGCUCCACUCCCCUGAUUUAAUACAUCUGGAUCGAAUCUGGUUCACAAUUACAGAGAAAGGGAUUGUGGGUAAACGUCGAGUCGUAUCAUGUGUUUGCUUUUAACUUCAUAACAUAAGAAUGCUUUAUCUUUUAUUUUGGAUAAAAUCCGGUCUGCUUUAUUCCUCUUAAACCACAGCAGUUAGCACUUUUUCUUACACCAAGAACACCAAACCUUCUUCCUUUUAUUCAUUUUAUAGUUACGUCUGUGAGACAGAUUAGCUCCGAGUGUCACUUUCAUGUUAGCACCGUUGAUCCGAACCGGAAACACGACUUGUACUGCCCAUGUGCGGAAACUCGGGUUUUGUUCUGCGCAUGCACGGAAUUUGCUGCCAAUUAUAACAUGAUAUUAUUAGCAGUGUUAUAAUAAAUUCCGCCCAUGCGCAGAACGAAACCCGAGUCUCUGCACAUGCGCGGUAUUAGGGUUAAGGUUAGGGUCGAUCCGUACCGCAAACACGAUUUGUACCGCACAUGAACAGUACAAACGAGCAUUUUACACGAGGAGACAUUUAAUGAAAACCCGAAGUGGCUCAGGAACUAGACAAAACAAGUUAUAUAUAUAAAUAUAUAUAUAUAUAUAUAUAUAUAUAUAUAUAUAUUUUUUUUU